CAGUACCUGAAAAGCUAUGGCAACAGCAAUGUGGCGAUUAGUGUUGUUUUUCGGUGCGAUAUCAACUGUUUUAGUGAAUGCAGUUUCAAAACCAACCGUUUUUAAUAUUGGAGGAGUAUUAAGUAGUAAUGAGAGUAUAGCAUAUUUCCAGGAGACCAUUCAGGUUCUAAACUUUGCCAGUCAAAUUGUUCCAAAAGGAGUUACAUAUUAUCACAAAGCCAUUUUAAUAAAUCCUAAUCCAAUUAAAACUGCUUUAAAUGUUUGUAAAGAUUUAAUUUCUAGUAGGGUGUAUGCAGUGGUUGUUUCUCAUCCAACAACUGGUGAUUUAUCACCAGCUGCCGUGUCAUAUACUUGUGGGUUUUAUCACAUCCCAGUUAUUGGAAUAUCAUCAAGAGAUUCCGCAUUUUCAGACAAAAACAUCCACGUUUCAUUUUUACGAACUGUACCACCAUAUUCCCACCAAGCCGAUGUUUGGGUUGAAUUAUUAAAACGUUUCAACUACAAAAAAGUGAUCUUCAUCCAUAGUUCAGACACAGAUGGUAGAGCACUUUUGGGAAGAUUCCAAACGACUUCGCAAACUUUAGAAGAUGACAUCGAAAUUAAAGUUCAAGUUGAAAAUGUUCUUGAAUUCGAACCGGGCUUAGAAAGUUUCACCGAGCAACUCCUAGAAAUGAAAAGCGCACAAGCUAGAGUAUACUUAAUGUAUGCGAGUAAAACAGACGCUCAAAUUAUUUUUAGGGAUGCAACAUGGCUGAAUAUGACCGAUUUUGGAUAUGCCUGGAUUGUAACCGAACAAGCUUUACAAGCGAAUAAUGUUCCAGUAGGUAUAUUAGGAUUGAAAUUGGUCAAUGCGACUACAGAGAAAGCACACAUCAAAGACAGCAUUCAUAUUUUAGCAUCAGCCUUGAAAGAUAUGAACCAAACCAAAGAAAUAACGGAAGCACCAAAAGAUUGUGACAAUUCAGAAUCUCCUUGGGAAACAGGAAUCUCUUUAUUCGACUUUAUCAAAAAACAAGUUUUACUUGGUGAAACUGGAAAAGUUGCUUUUGAUGAUCAGGGUGAUAGAAUUAACGCAGAGUAUGCAAUAGUAAACAUUCAAAAAAAUAGGAGGGAGAUCACAGUAGGAAAUUACGUUUUUAAUAAGGAGAAAAAUCGGAUGCAAUUACUGGUUGAUGAGAAAAAUAUUACAUGGCCUGGUGGUCAAUACAUAAAACCAGAAGGUUUUAUGAUACCAACACAUUUAACAGUCCUCACAAUAGAAGAAAAACCGUUUGUAUACACCAGAAAGUUAAGCGAAGAUCAAGAUAAAUGUCACCCGGAUGAAAUACUUUGUCCACAUUUUAACGCAACUGAAGAUGAAUCAGCCCGAUAUUGCUGCAAAGGUUUUUGCAUGGACCUUCUUAAAAAUCUUGCCGCCAAAAUUAAUUUUACAUACAGCUUAGCUUUAUCACCUGAUGGCCAAUUCGGAAACUUCUUAAUCAAAAAUAAUUCCACCAAAAAAGAAUGGUCCGGGUUGAUAGGGGAAUUAGUUAGCGAGCGAGCUGAUAUGAUAGUGGCCCCGUUAACUAUAAAUCCAGAAAGAGCAGAAUACAUAGAAUUUAGCAAACCUUUCAAAUAUCAAGGAAUCACAAUUUUGGAGAAAAAACCAUCUCGGUCAUCAACAUUAGUAUCAUUUUUGCAACCUUUCAGUAACACUUUAUGGAUUUUAGUGAUGGUCUCCGUACACGUGGUUGCGUUAGUUUUAUAUCUUCUCGAUAGGUUUUCACCAUUUGGAAGAUUCAAACUCGCUAAUACCGAUGGAACUGAAGAAGAUGCUUUGAAUUUAUCCAGUGCAAUUUGGUUUGCUUGGGGGGUACUUCUUAAUAGUGGUAUUGGGGAAGGGACUCCUAGGAGUUUUUCUGCUAGAGUCUUGGGAAUGGUUUGGGCUGGAUUUGCUAUGAUUAUUGUGGCAUCGUACACUGCUAAUUUAGCAGCUUUUCUUGUAUUGGAAAGACCGAAAACUAAAUUAACAGGAAUCAAUGAUGCCAGGUUAAGGAACACAAUGGAAAAUUUAACUUGUGCAACUGUCAAAGGUUCCGCUGUUGACAUGUAUUUUCGAAGACAAGUUGAAUUGUCAAAUAUGUACAGAACCAUGGAAGCUAAUAAUUAUGAUACAGCCGAGGAUGCAAUAAGAGACGUGAAAAUUGGGAAGUUGAUGGCUUUUAUUUGGGAUAGCUCAAGAUUGGAAUACGAAGCUGCUCAAGAUUGCGAAUUGGUGACUGCAGGAGAACUUUUUGGAAGGUCAGGUUAUGGAAUUGGGUUACAAAAAGGAUCUCCAUGGGCUGAUGAUGUUACUUUAGCUAUUUUAGAUUUCCACGAAAGCGGUUUUAUGGAAGAUCUAGAUAACAAAUGGAUUUUAUUAGGCAACAUUCAACAAUGUGAACAAUUCGAAAAAACGCCCAACACUUUAGGCUUAAAGAACAUGGCUGGUGUUUUUAUAUUAGUCGCUGCUGGUAUCGUGGGCGGUAUCGGUUUAAUCGUAAUUGAAAUGGCUUAUAAGAAGCAUCAAAUAAAGAAGCAGAAAAGAAUGGAAUUAGCUAGACACGCAGCUGAUAAAUGGAGAGGAGCUGUGGAGAAACGAAAAACAUUACGUCAAUCAAUCGCAACUCAACGACGCAUUAAAUCGAAUGGAGUUAACGACCCAAUUUCCAUAUCUUUAGCGGUUGAUAAAUAUCAACGUAAUAUUUUACCAGAAAGAGGAUGGCCAGGAGAUUCUGAUAUCAGACAGAGGAGAAUUGAAGAUAUCGGAGGAGUACAACCUGUUCCAAGAUAUUUACCAGCGUACACCCCCGAUGUUUCACAUCUUAUCGUUUAAAGUUUACUUAAAAUCGAAAAUAUGCAACUCUAUAAUUAAUUGUUAGAUUGUACCCAAUAUUAAAUAAAAUUGCAAUGAAAUAUUAAUGUAAUAACAUGUUAAUUGUUAUAGAAUGUAUUAGAGAGAUAUUUAAAUAAAUAAUUAAAUAUGAAAAGAAUAACAAUAAUAAAUGUUAAAAUAAACAA